CGGGGAGCUUGGCUCCGAAGAGGGGGGCGGCCGUGGCGGUGACAGCCGCUCCCCGCCCCCGAAGCCGCCACGUCCCUCACGUACCACCCGACCGAGUGCCCGAGCGGCGAUCUGGCGCCCGGGGCUUCGGCUCCUCCGGCAGGGCUCGGCAUGAGGCUGGCGCGGCUGCUGCGCGGAGCCGCCUCGGCCGGCCCGGGCCCCGGGCUGCGCGCCGCCUGCCCCAGCGCCAGCCGCAGCCUCACCUCGGACUCGGGCUCCGGCCCGGCGCCUGAACUCGGCGUUCCGGGCCAAGUGGACUUCUACGCGCGCUUCUCGCCGUCCCCGCUCUCCAUGAAGCAGUUCCUGGACUUCGGAUCUGUGAAUGCUUGUGAAAAGACCUCAUUUAUGUUUCUGCGGCAAGAGUUGCCCGUUAGGUUGGCAAAUAUAAUGAAAGAAAUAAGUCUUCUUCCAGAUAAUCUUCUCAGGACACCAUCAGUUCAGUUGGUACAAAGCUGGUAUAUCCAGAGUCUUCAGGAGCUUCUUGAUUUUAAGGACAAAAGUGCUGAAGAUGCUAAAACUAUCUAUGACUUUACAGAUACUGUGAUACGGAUCAGGAACCGACACAACGAUGUGAUUCCCACAAUGGCUCAAGGUGUGGUUGAAUACAAGGAGAGCUUCGGGGUGGAUCCUGUCACCAGCCAAAAUGUUCAGUACUUUUUGGAUCGUUUCUACAUGAGUCGCAUUUCAAUUAGAAUGUUACUGAAUCAGCACUCUUUAUUAUUUGGUGGAAAAGGCAAAGGAAGCCUAUCUCAUCAAAAACACAUCGGAAGCAUAAAUCCAAACUGCAAUGUAGUUGAAGUUAUUAAAGAUGGCUAUGAAAACGCUAGGCGUCUAUGUGACUUGUAUUAUAUUAAUUCUCCUGAACUAGAACUUGAAGAACUAAAUGCAAAAUCACCAGGACAGCCAAUACAAGUGGUUUAUGUACCAUCCCAUCUCUAUCACAUGGUGUUUGAACUUUUCAAGAAUGCAAUGAGAGCAACGAUGGAGCACCACGCUGACAAAGGGGUUUACCCGCCUAUUCAAGUCCACGUCACACUGGGUAAUGAGGAUUUGACUGUGAAGGCUGGUUUUGGUUAUGGAUUGCCCAUAUCACGCCUUUAUGCACAGUACUUCCAAGGAGAUCUAAAGUUAUACUCCCUAGAAGGUUAUGGGACAGAUGCAGUUAUCUACAUUAAGGCUCUGUCCACAGACUCAAUAGAAAGACUCCCAGUGUAUAACAAAGCUGCCUGGAAGCAUUACAACACCAACCAUGAGGCUGAUGACUGGUGUGUCCCCAGCAGAGAACCAAAAGACAUGACAACAUUCCGCAGUGCCUAGACACACUUGAUACCCUUGGAAAAUCCAGAUGUGGCUUUUGCAUUAAAUUUGGAAGGGAUGGUGUUCAGAACUACAUUAUACCAAAUACUUCAUGUGUCGUUUUCACAGUUCACUAUCUGGGUAGAGUAAGUGGCAAGUCAGUUCCAUUUAUGCCUGUUCAAUCUCCUCAAGGACAACAUCGUAUCUACAUUACACUUAAUAUUUUCACAGUUAAUUGAACCUAUUUUUAAACAACUAGUUUUGCUCACCUUUCUCUUUAGAGUGGAUUUCAGAAGCGUAGAAAUCUUUGGGUUUCUACGGGAAGCUAUGUGGUUUUUUAAAAAAUUCUUUUAUGUCUGCUGGAAACAUCUUCAUACUGAUUAGCUAGGUUAGCCAUCUUUCUGUUUUAGAGGAGUUCUGCCGUCCUUUAUUUAGUAAUGAUAGAUGUAAUAAGACGAUCAGAUUUAUACAACUAUCUACAAUUAGAGCCGUAAACAGUUGCUCUGUUACUGUAGAACCAGCGAUCUUUCAGCAUCUACAUGCAUUGUCUUCACUCUGAAGUUAAUUUAUCAUUUUUUAAUUUUAUUGCAAAGGAUUAUGAUUGGUUUCCUGUGGAGUUAAGCCAAGAUCAUGGUCUCUUGUGAUUAAUGCAAGGGGAAAUUCUGAUACUAAAAACAGCUGCUAAAAUUCUAAAUUAAGAGAUUUAGGGCAAAGCAGCAAGUCCCCAAAACCGUACUGAUUGUUGAGAUUACCUGGGGAACUUUUGAGAAACAGUUUUCUGGGCCUUCCUCCAGACAAAGGAUCAGACUCUGUGGCAGGAGCCCAGGAAUCUCAAGUUUUAAAACUCUUAGAUGAGACCGAUGCCUCACCUAGUUAGAAAACCGUGCUUUUAAAGUGAGUAAUAAUGAUACAUUUGCUAAAGUAUCAGAUCUUUAGGCUUUGGUUUUCAGCUAUCGAAAGGUCAGACUUUAAGACUGGGAGAGACAGAUUGGUGCAAUUAAAAGCGUAAUUAGGAGACACGUUGACUGUAGGAGAAUAGUCAGGUAGCUGAAGGAUUAGAACCAUAAGUGCUCAAGUACUGACAAAGAAUAUGUAUGUUAAAAAAUCUGUAUUUUAUCAGGAAAGAGUCACCUUGGGCUUAUCACAAAAACCCCUCACAUUCACAUGGUAACGUAGCAUGCAAAUACUUUGUUAUGUCAUGAUAACUCCAUUGGGCUUUAAAACAAAGAGAUACAGAGCAAGCAGUUUCAUCUUCAUUUUGAGACUCAGAGUCUGGCCCCAAGCUGCAUGGAAUUAGAGUCAGGGCUCAAGCUGUAUUUGCUGAUCACUGUUAGCUGCCUGGUCCAGGAGACCAGGAAGUCAGGAGACGAAGUUGUUUAGUCAUACCUCAUCUUUUAAGGUGACAGGGAAAUACAUUGAAAAUAAAUUUUAAACUAAGAUUUUAAAAGUUUAAAGAACAGCUUUAUUACUUAAAUGGGGAAUUUAUCUGGAAAAUACAUUGAAUUGAAACACCUCAUUCUCAAGAGGAUUGUGUAAGCUUAAUAAUUCUAUAUAAAUUUUUAAAAUGGAAGAGAUGCUGGCGGGCCAUCAGUCCAGGACCCUCACUUAAAGAGAUGAGGAUCCUGAGACUCGGGGUGUAGGAUUUGCCCAGGGCUAACUAGCUCAUGUGACCAAAUGCUGGAAAAAAUCUUUUACCUUCUAUUCCUUAAUUAUGGAUUUUAUGAAAUAUAGGACACACUAGUAGAUGAUUUAUAUUAGUUCCAUGUGUUACCCUUUUUUUAGCUUAAAAUUAGACUUUUUGUAAUGAUGGAAUAUCUUAGAAUCCUUUUCAGAGUAUUCACUUUCUUUCCUAAUAGAGACAUUUGUACAACUGACGCAUUUUGUUUUUACUUAGAAACAACCUCCACAAGGUUAAAGUUUCUCUCUUGAAGAGCUAAGCUGGUGUUUUCGAAGGAAAAGUGAAAUCUUUUCCUGUAGCUUCUUUUUUAGGUAUAAUGGCUUUUUUACUUUGUUAUUGUGGUAAGGGACAGAAAAUUAAAAUAUUUGGGGGAUGCUUUCUCCUAGUUGGUUUUAAAUUAUUGUGCUACCUGAAAUGUUUUUAGAUUAUUACACUGUUUUUCCCACCAGCAUUUAAUAUGAUGCCAUGUAAAUUACUGAAGGAUAAGAAGUGGGUACCAAGUGAUUUUCAUAACUUGGACAUUUAAUGAAUGUGCCAACAUUUUUUAAGGAAGAAUCGCAAAAAAUAUUCUGCCCUAUACUUAAAAUACUGGCUGGCUUAAGAGUCUUCAUACUUAAUAGUGAUCACUUGCUUGCACUGUGGCACUGUGAAGUUUUUACAUGGAGCUGUUGACGUGGCAGUCUACCCUAUUUUAUAAAAUGUUUUGUGUAUGGCAACAAAGUGGCAACAUGGAUCAACUCUUAUUCUGAAAAUAAAUUGGGUCAAUUGAGGUUUUUAAAAA